AUGGAAGCUUGUACCGCAAAGCUACGUACAGUUUUACAAGAGGAGUUAAGUCCACGAGCUUUGCUUUUAUCGGCUGCUCAGUUAAUUAAAGAGAAAAAUAUUGAUAAAGCAGUUUUACUCUUGGAAAGUUACUUGUCUAAUGUUACUGGUAAUCAGGUAGAUGCAGAAAUCCCUUUAGCUUUGGCUCAAAUAAAUCUUCGCCGAAUAUCUGCAAAUCAUUUGGGAACUGGUAGUCCGCAACCUAAAAAUGCAUUAAAUGUAGCCCAAAUGCUUGAAAACAUUCUUCCCCAGCACUUAAUUCAUUCUCCCGGUGUUUUGUCAACACGGAUCGCUUUAUAUCUUUUAGCGAGCUCUGGUGAAAAUGCUGUACAAACACGUCCCGAUAGCAUGAAACAAAUAGUCAAUUGUAUUGAAUCAACCCUUCAUUAUUAUGAAGAGUUAGGAGAACAGAAUGAAAUUUAUUCCCAUUUGUUGGAUAAUUGUGCUGGAUUUCUUCUGCAACAAGGUGAGGCAAAACUUGCGGCUGAAAUUCUUGAAAAACAGUUAGCCCGACUUGAAUCAAACGUUUCUCAAGAAAAACAAAAUAGUUUAAUCAAACAAGUACUGGUAGCUCGUUUGGUACGUGCCUACGCACAGUUUGAUCGUCCUAAAGCCGAACAAACCUGUAAAUCAUUACAAGCUAAAGAAUCCCUCUCAGAGGCUGAUGUAGAUACUUUGGAAACUACAUUUUUAUAUGGAGCAAAGUCCUUAAAACGGCUUGGCAAACCCAGUGAGCCAACGGAUAUUUCAGACAAGGGCAAGUCAAAACGAAACCAAAUUAAAAAAAACAUUUCUAAUACUCCUUCCUCAGAUCCUGGUGUGCAGCAGGUUACUUCGCGUUCUAAGCGUAAAAAGAAGAAGAUUCGCCUGCCAAAGAAUUAUCAGCCAGGAGUUAUGCCUGAUCCUAAUCGUUGGUUACCCCGACGAGAACGUACUCACUAUCGUGGCAAACGUCGUGACAAGCGAUUUGCUCCUACACGCGGUCCUCAGGGUCAAAUAACUGGAGAAAGUGAAUGGGAUGCUGCUAUACGUAGUCCUAAAGUCAAAGUUCAUGAAGACGGUUCAGCAGGAUCUACUCCUAAACAAAUGUCUAAUACAGCUAAACAGCAACAAAAGAAAGGUCGUAAGAAAGGCCGAUAAUAUUACCAAGACUAAAUAAAACAACAGAAUAUCUAAUUAAUCUGUAAUUGUUUGAUCGUGUAAUAUAUAUAAUGUAUUUUGCAUCUAUGUACAUGUUAUUUGUACUGUAAUAUUUUUUUGGUUCAAAUUCUGGAAACAUUUGUAUGUAUACCUACUGAAAUAUAUUUGUUUUUAUUAGAUAAUUCUGUUUGACAGUAUAUUCUUAAUAAUUAAAGCAUCAUUUUCAUGGGUUACAACCUUUAAUUUCUUAUCGUUUAUUUAAUAUUCAUUAUAAGUGUAGUGAUUGUUAGUCUUUUUCAUUACACUUGUUCUUGGAAGAUUAUUUCUUUUUUUUCUUCUUCAUUGUAUCACUACAUAUUUAUUUGGUCUUUAUAAAUUAUAUUUUUAUUUGGUAUUCAUGAAUAAGAAUUAACGGUGUUACCACUUCCUAAUAUGUUAAAUGUGUUUCUUUUAUUUAAAAUUAUAGUUUACCUCUAAAAUAAUGUAGAGAAGAAAAAAAGUAUUUCUGUGUACAUCUACGUUAGAUCGUAAACACAGUGAUAUUAUCUUGUUAGAAUAAUGGUAUACGAGAAAUGUGACUACAUUUUAAGUAAUCAAAAAUAAAUACUGAUUGUCUGGGAAUUAUUAUAUUUGAUUAAUAUUAUCUAAGUUAAAUAAUGUGAUUGAUUUGAAGUAUACUCUUUAAAAAAAUGUAUUUAUUUUUAAUUAGGAAAGUGUGACUGAUAAAUGGAAUAGCAAUGCUGACUAGCGUUGGGGACUGUUGGAAGAAAGUUAGGG